UACACACGUGUACUUGUGCAGCAAUAGUCCUUGGUAGUCGUACAAAGAAACACACUAUGUGCAUUUUCUGAUUGACUGCACUUGCAUUACUUUGCAAAGUAGGCUACUCGACAGAACAACCUUUAUUUUAUCGUUUUAUAAAACAGCUGUGUACAUACACAGUUUAAUUUCUCAGACAUGGAUUCCAGAAGUGAUACAGUGAAAUCCGACGUUCUCGAGGAUGGACCCGAUAUUAAUUUUGAGACCACAUCAGAAAUUCCACGAAACGCGAACGCAGAUUCGGAGGCGCCUGCGACAGAUACGGAACCAGAUGCAGAACACCCACCAGAGCACGAGGAAACUGCCAAAGAUUCGAAAGACCAAGAAAAACAAAUUGGAGACGCUUCCAACGAGCAGGUCCCUCAGUCGCAAAAUGUCAAGACUGCAGAUCCACUGAGGAUUCCUGCAUCGCAUCCGGUCCAUUCUCUCCAACGCGGACAGACGUCUUCCCUGAAUCGUCUGGCCAUUUUUGCAAGUUCACAAAACAAGCUGCCCACCAGCAGACUGAAGAUUAUUCUGGACAGGGUGGCCAGACCCACCCUGUCCAGUGGUUCCAAGCGGUCACAGUGGUACAAGAACGAACAGUAUGUCGAUAUGAACAGCUUUUCAUGGAAGAAUUUGUCAUUGUAUGUCGACUAUCAAAGACAAAUAUGGACGGACAUCGGAACUUUAAAAAGUACGAACAAAAAGUGAUGACUCAAAUGUUUGAGGAAGUGUUAUUCCAGUUUCGUAUGCAUUUUUUUAAAUCUCGUCCCACCAAUUCUGUUUUGUGUUGUAUUUAUUUGAUAAAUGUGUACUUUGCCAUUGGUAUGUAUAUUGAUUAGCAAUGUAAGUGCACUGUUAUUUAUAUUUGUAUAUAUAUUUAUAUUAUAUAAUGUUGGCAUUCCGUGACAUGAUAUACGUUAUGGAUGUAUUACUUUUACAUCAGUAUUUUAGAAACGUAUGACUUUUAUUUGAAGUGGGCGGGAGUCUAUUGCCCUAAAUUUAUUUAUUAUGUUUGAAUACCUUGCAUGUUAAUACUUAACUGAAAAUGCCAAUAGUUUAUAUAUUGUUUUUAAUUUGUAAUUUAAUGAUCUUCCUUGCGUUAAAAUAUUUCAUUAUUGUAAAUAUACUUAGUUACUUUUAUCGAUAAACAAAUGACAAUCAUA